CAGCUGCAGACUGACAGGUGCAGCAGGUGUAGGUGAUAUGUGGUGUAGAUGUGCGUCCUGGUUGCAUUGCUGCAGUGUGAUGUGGCGGUGGGAGGAGUCGUGCUGUUCCGUGGUGUUUGCUGCUAAACGACCUCAGCAGGGAGGAAGCUGCGGGGCUCUGGAAGAUUAACUUUUUUUUCACCCCCAGCUCACGAAAGCUUUGGGGAAAGAAACCCACAUUUCACCCGAAAUAUCGCACUCGGGAGGAGAUGUCUCAUUUGUUCUCUUCUAAGUGCUGUCAUUUGUGAUUUUUGCUGUCGUUUCUCUUGACAAGUGCAUUUUGACACCUGGUAUUUGGUUCAUAACAAGCCUGUGAAGCAGCCACAAGGAGAAAGAUGUGCAGUGCUGCCUCGGCCGGGUUAUUUCGGUGUAAUUUCUGUGCUGUCGAGUGGCUUUCAGCCUGUAUUUGUGUUCCAGAGUGGCUGCCGGAGCUAAUGACUGCAUCGCUGGUGGGCCAAACUGUCCAUUAGUCCUCCAAGAUCUGCGAUGGCUCAGCAGGCCACGGCAGGGCGACGCUGCCUGCGAGCGUUCGUUAGCGGAUUCUUCGUCGCCGUCCCCGUAACCGUCACCUUCCUCGAUCGAUUCGCCUACGUGGCGCGAGUGGAGGGAUCAUCGAUGCAGCCAUUCCUCAACCCAGAGGGGGGGUCCAAGUGUGACGUCGUCCUGCUGAAUCGUUGGAAUGUGAGAAACUACCAGGUCCAACGAGGUGACAUCGUCUCUGUUGUGUCCCCGAGGAAUCCAAAGCAGAAGAUCAUCAAACGGGUCAUUGGCCUGGAGGGAGACUUCAUCAGGACUCUGGGCUACAAGAACCGCUAUGUUCGAGUUCCAGAUGGUCACUUCUGGAUCGAGGGAGAUCAUCACGGCCACAGUCUGGACAGCAACAGCUUUGGACCGGUGUCUGUGGGGCUGCUUCACGGUCGGGCCUCUCACAUCAUCUGGCCACCAAACCGCUGGCAGCGAAUCACACCAUCGCUCCCUGCAAACCGAGGACCGCUGGACACCGAAGAGGAAGAGGACUGACAAACGCCCACAGAGUUUCUGUAUUUUUCUUAAAAUGUCAAAUUCACAGCAAGAGCCGCUCGCUGUGACCGUGUGAGUCAGAUUACUGUAUGGCUUUUAUAUAAACCGUGUUCAUUGUACACUCAGGUUGUGUUUUGUUCAUUUCACUGCAGUCUUUUGUUUUUAAAUAUUUCUUUCUUGAAGGCUGAAAAGACGACAAACUGAAGUCCUGUCCCUGAACUUCACAUUUUACAUGAAAAAUUAAAGAUUUUGUCUGUAAAUCACCAAGAAUUCUUUAUUUUGGUCGGAGAAAACUUUAAGUUUGUGGUAUUUUAUCAACUAAGCAAAUAAUCA